ACAUGUUACGCCGACGAUAAACAAAGGGUUUAAGAGCCGAAAUCUCCCUACCAAAAUCGAAGAUGAUUAUUCCUGUGCGUUGCUUCACUUGUGGGAAGGUUAUCGGAAACAAAUGGGACAUGUACCUCGAUUUGCUUCAGGCUGACUACAGUGAGGGAGAUGCCCUUGAUUCCUUGCUGUUGGUUCGCUACUGCUGCAGAAGAAUGUUGAUGACCCACGUCGAUUUGAUUGAGAAGCUCCUGAACUAUAACACCCUAGAGAAAUCCGAAGGCAGUUGAAGCAACAUCCGAGUUCUUAUGUGGGAGAUGUAUAUGCACUUUUUUCUGAACCAUGUAGUACUUGACUUGAUGAAAAUACUUUUCUGUGAAUAUAUCGUUGUAUUGUGGGCUAUUGAGUGAACCGACCAAACUGGAUCUAUGCUAUUUUGCGAACGCAUUGCUAUUUAUAUUGUGGGAUGUUAAGCAGAGUCUUUAUUUGUA